GAUCAUUCACUCGUGAUAUCUGCAUCUCACCAUCCGAAUAAAUACAAUUCUCCAACAAAUCGUCCCAUUAUGGCCAACACGCCAGAUCGUCUCGUUCCCAUGCGAGUCAUCGUCUGCGGCGUCCAGCGAACAGGCACCCUGAGCAUGCGAAUCGCCCUCCAGCAGCUCGGCUUCGGCGACUGCUACCACAUGCACAACAUCCUCGAAAACCCGCAGCAAGAAGCCCCCAAAUGGAUCCGCCUCAUCGAAGCCCACUUCGGCGGGCAAGGCACAAUCUCAAAGGCCGACUUUGACGCCGUCCUCGGCAACUGCCAGUCCUGCGUCGAUGUGCCCCCCGCACUCUUUGGCGUAGAGCUCGCAGCCAUGUACCCAGAGGCAAAGGUCAUCGUCCUGAACCGCGACCCGGAGGAUUGGUACCGCAGCGUGUCCGAGUCCAUCAUGGCGUCGGUGAAUCCGACCUCGCGACUGGCCAAGCUGGGCAUGCUCUUCUGCUUCGUCUUCGACCCGGCGACGCGCGCCUUUGCACAGUUCGGCAGGGCCAUGUCCGGGCUUGCAUUCCGGUACGAUCACCGCAGGGAAAAGGACAAGGCCAUUGCCUGGUACACGGGUACCUACCAGCGCUUUAGGGAUGAGAUUCCCGAACAGCGGCGCCUCGAGUAUCGGAUUGAGGAGGGUUGGGGCCCUCUCUGCGAGUAUCUCCAAGUCCCGGUUCCGAUGGUCCGGGAUGAAGAGACGGGGGAGAUGGUAGAGGCGCCGUUUCCGCGUGCCAAUGACCGGGAGACAUUCAAGAAGAACCAGGCCAAGGGCAGGGAAAAGGCUAUGAGGCGGGCAAGGAAGAAUUUACUGGUAGGAGUUGGGAGGAUGGCGCUGAUGGCGGCGGUGGCAUAUGCGGGAUAUGCCGUGUGGGAGAGGCGGCUUGGAGGGAGAUAGUACGAAAGAGACGC